AUGCAACAUCAAUCUUCCAGUCAAUUCUGGGAUUGUGGACAGACAGAAUUGGCAGACUAUUUUGGCCCAUUUGCUGGGAGAGCAUUCAUUUAUGUUGUUGAAGGUGCUCUAAAUAUCAAUAAGGCCAGCUUUGCAACCCUCCAGUUAGUGAAUGGAGUUGGACCAAGUGAUGAAUCACAGUUUGAAGUAUUUGGGGGAGUAGGAGAUGGUCAUGAUUAUGUUUGGAGAAACCCUGAAGAGAAAUACAAUGUUAACUGUUUAGUUCCAACCUUUAAAUCAGGUUGCAAGGGGGUCAUGGUCUGGGGAUGUUUUAGUUCAUUUGGAUUGGGUCCUCUAGUUCAA